AAACUAUCUGUAAUGAUUGGUCAGAGGAACUUGGGCGUCACAUUCUGAUUUGUCGAUCCGUAGUGCCCGGUGUCCGGGCAAGAUGGCGUCUGAAGAGCAGUGCUCGGUACCACCUCGAUGGCGGUCGAUAUCUCUGACCCAUGUAGAGUAUCCAGCUGGUGACCUGACAGGACAGGUGUUGGCUUACACCAGCCUCAUACCCAUUGCAAUUCUGGUGGGCUUUGUUACACUCAUUGUAUUCAAGCGCGAGUUGCACACAAUUUCCUUUUUUGGGGGACUCGUACUGAACGAGGGGCUCAACUGGGUGCUGAAACAUAUCCUGAGGGAGCCACGUCCCUGUGAAGGUGCUCAUGCCACCCUGACCACAGAGUAUGGGAUGCCUUCAAGCCACUCACAGCUCAUCUGGUUUUUUGUUGUAUACUUUUUUCUUUUCCUAUAUUUGAGAAUGCAUCAAACAAACAACGCCAGGUGUGUGGAGCUGCUGUGGAGACAUGUACUGUCCAUCAUCUUGUUAGGAGUGGCCUUGUCUGUGUCCUAUAGCAGGGUGUACUUAAUGUAUCAUUCCUGGAGUCAAGUGAUAUAUGGCGGUGUGGCUGGUAGCGUCAUUGGGGUGAUCUGGUUUUUCAUCACACAAGAGGUGCUGACACCACUUUUUCCCAAGAUGGCAGCAUGGCCAAUUGCAGAGUUCUUUUUGGUGCGUGACACAAGCCUCAUCCCAAACAUCCUGUGGUUUGAAUAUACCGUGACACGAUCAGAAGCGAGAAACAGACAGCGAAAGCUCGGAACAAAACUUCAGUGAUUUAUCUUUUCCUUUUUGUUUUCGGUUGCUUGUUUCCUUGUUUAAACUGGGAAAGGACCACACACUGGAGAAUCAAUUCUGGACUGAUCUUGUUACGAAAAAGGGGAACCAUUUAAAGGACGGACCAAAAGAAAUGCUGGGACUGACCUACAACCUGAACAAGUCUCUUGGCUUGAUUCUGGUGCUCGUUACAGCUUGCUAAAUGCUCCCUGAUGCAUGCACAACUGUGCAGGAGGCAGACUAUUUAAUGAAAAAUUUAAUAUAUUUUAACCUUAAAUGCACGCAAGCAGUAAAAAAGUACUGUAUGUAACUGAAUUUGGGAGCCAAGAAAAAGGAAUCUGUAAAGUGGGGAAAAGCAGCGGAAUUCGCUGGUAUUAUUGCAGCAUGAAAUUACUUUUUAAAAUCUAGAGUUAUUGGUAGCUUUUUGGGUUAUGUUAGGAAGGGGAUCAAGAUGGAUGGGAGGACAAUAUCCUUGCGUUUUCUUUCAUGCAUAAAAAAAAAAAAAAUCCACCUUUUAAAUAAGGUGGUUGAAAAUGUAAUAUAGACUAAAUUUGCACUUUGUGAAGAUUUGAAAACUUAACACUAGUGACAUGUGAAAGCAAAAUGGAAUUUCCCCCCUGGUACUUACCUAGUGUCUGUGAUUGUCAGCCUUUUUUUCUUUUUUCUUUUAGUCGAUACAGGUAUUGAAUUAAGUGUGUAUACAGUGCUCCCUAGUUAGAACUGGGUUGGAUCCAAUAAUGGGGAGAAUAGGGGAUGGUGUCUGAGAAGGAAAGCCAGAGGGCUGCAAGCUUACUAUAUUAUAGAUGUUCUGAAUUUAAAGUGGGUUUAUAAUGAGGGGAACACUUCUAAUCUGCUCAUACAUGCAUCCUGCCCUUACAUGGCUCUCUGUCAGAUUUAAACACAUUUUGAGGGGGCUGACUGUUCUGCAGCCUUCGUAAUCUCAAUUUAUGGUGGAGUAAAUGAAACUGUCCUUUUAUCCUAACAUGUCUUUUACCCUGUCUUUCCAGCUGAUAACAUUUUACAUUUACCAGGUUUCAUCUAAUAAAAUUAGUUUAAAAAAAAUAAUUUAAAAAAAUAUAAAAAAUGAAAAAAAAAACCCUGCACCUCAUUAGCAUGUGACCAUGCCUUGUUAUCUUCAAGCUAUUCCAUGUGGCUAAGUGCUGAUGUGGGUGUUGGGAGGCCAGGUGACUAGACAGCUGUGACACGAGGCCCAAAAAGGGAAAGGAAAUCUGGAAUAGCUGUGUAUACCUUUUUUCUUGUAUAAUAGUCCUACAUGUGUAAGUCAUUUCAGGCCCAAUAAAAAAAGAAAUAUGGUGUU